AGGUAAGACCAUCCAUGAUGCUCCUCUUUAAAUGUAUUCGUAGUAUUUGAAAAGUUUUCUGUGCUGUACUAAUAUUUAGAUUAUUAUUAGAUUAGAUUAUUAAUAAUCCAGAUUGAAAUGAUUAUGGAAAAAAACAGAAUUCCACAUAUAUGUAGAAUUUCUUGAGGUGAAUACUGUUUACUAUAAAAAUGCUUCACAAUGCUCAUAUGAAUCCAGGUUCUGAAGUCUUGCAUCCCUCUUUCCCUCUAUGUUGACAAUUUUGAACUUAAAGAAAAGUGGAUUUUGAAGUUUGGUUGUUUUGCUUUUCCACGCAUGGUUGCUUUGGCCUGUCAUGAUUGUCCAACCUGGUUACACCUGUCUUCUUCUAGUCCUCCUUUACAUGACCCAUGAACCUCAGGAGUGGUCUCCUCCUGCUCCUUUUAUCUCCAACGUGCUCUGUGUUUCCGUGUCUCCAACGUGUUGUCUUUAAACUCCUCCACCUAAACAGUCCCUCUGAUAAACUCAUGUCUGAUCUCCACUUUUAUCAUUCCCCGUGAGGACAACUCAACUCUGCCUCUUCUAACUCACUUCUGUGUCAGUGCUACUGUCUCUACACCGUGUUGACAAGUAAAUAUUGGAUGAAUGAAUGUUUUGCACUUCAAGGAAAUUAGUUGAAAUGUAUGCCAUCAUUCGACCCAUACAUCAGAAAUAUUCCUAAUCCUUAAUCCCUAAGGCCAGUUGGAUUGAACUGAAGCCGAGUGAGAGAUUUCAUGGACACCUUUGGGGAUGAAGUCUGGUGUGAUAAAGGAGCAGCUUAUUGGAGCUCAAACUUUGAGUUUGACCCAAUUCUUCACAUCAGUCCCUGAGUCAGGGGUCGACGUCUGACAUUUCUGAGUGGAGAAAUAGUGAUUCAUAGUUAUCAUGAUUGUUUGGAACAUGACAUUCUGCACAGUGGAAAUGUGUGUCAGACAAUGGAUCCUUUACUCUCAGUUGUUCUGGCACUUGUUUCAGAUGAGCAGCUCCCUCACCCUCUGUCCUCAGGCCCCUCCAUUUAUUGGUGGAAAAUCUGACUAUCGUCUGUGGAGCUUUAACCAACGGUAACUAGUAGACUUACCAGUCCAAGCUGACAUGUUCUGGACAUGGAAAAAUAUGAAUGUAUUUCAAGGUUUGCAAUGGAGGUGGUCACCAUGGAGUGGUGAAAAGCUAUUUGAAUGUAGAAAGUUGUCCAUUCUGAAGACCAACUCUUCCACCCACACAAUCGAAUAUUUUGACAUAUGAAGGAGAUCUGGUGGAGUCGGGACCUUGGACUGACCUCGAAUAUGAAUGAAGAUGAGAAAUAAUGACCUCAAGAAUGACCUUGUCGCAAUCCAGCAUCGUGGACGAGAUUGCAUUUCGUAGGUGUUGCAGGCUGUCCAGGAGAUGUUUGUUUACAACCUUUGCCAAGGAGAGUGAUUCAGUGACACGAGCAUUGUAUUUCUAAUCCGAGGUUGUGGUGGCCCCGGACAGAGGCAGACAUUGGGAAAACACUCUUGUCUGAAUCCCAGCUGGGCUGUGUUGGUGGCUCCCAAUUGGUUAGAUUCUCAGUGUCACGCAAACUGCGCGUAUGGACGCUUGGAUGGAACUUCUCGAUCAGGAAACUAGUGUUGAGCAGUCAAGCAGUUUCUAAUAUUCCCCUCUAAGUCAUAGACCAUGGUUAUCAUCUCGUGAAUUCUUCUCUGGAUAUGGUUUAUUCCAAUUGUACCACAUCAUGCGUCUCGGGCCUUGCUCUUGGAGAGUGACCAGCCGUCUGGCCCUGUGCAAAGCCUUUCAUUCACUGGUCAACAUAUUCCCGCUUCUAAGGUGGGAACGAUCCUCAAGUGGACCUAUGGGAGACAGAAAUCGGCCUUGCAUGUAGACGCAUUAGCUUUUCUAUUGAGUGAAAUGUUUCCCCUCCUGCUCUGUUUCCUGCGCUUCAAUGCACUGUUCAACACUUACAAAAGAAGUGGUUGGGGUAAGGGUUAAACCAUACAGAGGUGCUCCCAGAGGCCUACCACUCAGCAUGCACCACAGUAGGCAGACUUCUGUGGCAUCAUUGGUCGCAGUGUGUUACGCUUUAAGACCUUUUUAUGCUCAGCGCUACAUACGGAUCCGGAUACAGACAAAGCCUUCUGUCUGUGCACUGUGUUCAUUUCAUCUGUAUUUCUGCAUGUUUCCACAAAGCUUAAGGAUAUGGGCCAAACAGAGCAGUACCACCGGAGACCAUGGGGAGGCAGUGUUGCUGCUACUACCUGAUACGCAGCUCUAAUGAGACAUGAAGAAAUUCUCGUCGCGAUAUAUUUAACAGACUCAUCGACCAUCACCUCCUACAACGCUGCCUCCGUGUCCUCUUUUGUGUUAGAGGUACAUGAUCAAUACUGACUCCUCAGUCAUUGUGACAAACUUUUGACUCUGGGCUGCUCCCCCUGGUGGAUAUAUUGGUGAACAGCCAACACCAACGUAAAGAACUCAUAGAAGUAUGUGAUCCAUGACGACAAUAUUGUUUGAAACGCACAAUUUCGUAUGUAAAGGGAGCAUAAUAUGCGCUUGUCUAACUUCCUUCCAUCACCCAUGGUCACAUGAUUUGGGUCCUGAUCUACCCUGCAAUACUGUUUCACGAUACCUCAUGUACCCAUCGCUGCCUCUGACCCUCUUGUUAUUCCACCAAGUGAACUGACAUCAGGCAAAAAAUGCAUUUCAUUUCAGGUUUAGUUUUCAGCCUAAGUCAUGAGUGAGGUUCUGUUUUCAUCACCAUGUCCAUGACCUCCAAGCUCAAAGUGGCUAUUUGAAGUAAAAGUGCUAAAGUAAACAGGAAUCCCACCCAGAGAGAAAGGGGCGGAGCGAGGGACAGAGACAAAUGAGCGAGUGCAGUGAAAAGGGGAUUGUUGUGAUUAAAAGACAAUUAUCUGGGCACAUCGACUUCCCAGUGUUGUGCGGUGUCAGGCUCAGGCUGGGCUCUUGUGUCCCUGAAGGCCACACGGAACAAUGGUGGCUGUGUUGCAGGAGGGAGGAGGUGUGCUACCGAGUCCUGGAGUGUCGUGACAAAUGCUAGGCACCACGUGGAUGAGUGAGGACCCCCAGCAUCUAUGUGUUUGCUCACACCCAUGUCCACCCAUUUUUAACCCAACACUCCAAAAAAGCUGAAUAAACUUUGAAUUGUUUUGGUAUUUAAACCAUCCAAAAAAAAUAAAAUAAUUUGUGGCCCAUACGGACGGAACAAAAUGGUUCGGGAGUUGAUAUUCAUGGACGUGGUGCUGCUUAUUGAUCCUGCAAUGUGGGUCGUAACUCCUGCCAUGUUAGUGUUUCAUGCUCUUUGCACGUCUAUGAUGUGACUUGGAUGACGCAUCAUCCUUCCCUUCAGCCACAGAGAGGUGCCUGUGACGCUAUCAAUGAGUUUCCUUAAGUUCAAUGAGCAAACAUGACUCACCAUUCUGACUUUUUGCUUCUCAUGGUUAAAUGGCCUGUUGAAAGCCUUUAAACAUCCCAUAAUAAACAUAUCUGAGUACGACACAGUUUUAAAAUGCAAUGACAUUUGAAAUGCACUUUUAUUUUUUGAACAGGAAAAGCACCACAGUCAAAGAUCUAUUGAAGACAAAUGAUUUUUGUCCCCCUCAUUGUUCUAUAUUUUGUUUCAUGGCACUGAUAUAAAGGCAGGAGUCCAAACAUGACUAACAGCAGUGUUAUUCUCUGUGACGUCUGUCGCUUGCCGCUCCCUGUUCCUCCCCUCUAUUUUGGUUAUUCCCUAUCACUGCUGUUGAAUCAGUCAGGGAUGACACAAAACAAGUCUCAUGCAUUAAUGAAUUCCAACGAAAACAAGUGCACACAUGUCUGAUCAGUGCGUCUUCAUCCAUCUCCCCUCCACAGUCUUCACCAAGCAAAUAUCUGGGUGCCAUCAGGGAUCAAAUAUGCUGCGUUCCAUCCAGCGUAAACUGAUCACUAGAGAGGCCAGCGAGGCACAAAGACAUGGGCAUAUUUGUUGGGGCGAGCUGGAACAGUGCGGCUCUUUGUGGCCCCCCGUGUAUUUAUGAAUGGUCAAGCUUCGGGGCGAAGCCGCAGAACAAUGAUGCUACACUGAAGGACUGGGAGGGGUGUUGGUGCCGCUUGUGCCGCUGGUGGUCAUGAUGGGGAGGGCUGUGAAUUCUCCACUGCUGGGGCUUGGUACUGAAAGUGGUGAGAGGUGGUGCUGGUGACCAGCCAGAAGAAGGUCAGCGGGCACUUCUCCUAUAGGACCGCUUGGGAAUUCACCAACACAGUAGAAUCGAGGAUUCAGGACCAAGAACAGUCCAAGACUGAGGAGGAGUAGGAGCCUGGUGCUGAGGCUGGUAUGAGGCAAGUGUGCGGCAUGUGUCGUGAGUGUGCGCACACGUAUGUGUGUGCCAGCUCUUAUCUGUCCCCUCAAUGAGGCCGUUGUUGGAGAGGAGGAGGAGGUGGUGGUGUCAGUGGUCCUGCCUGGCUGCUUGGCAUCACUCCCUGAUGUAGGACCUCUCGCCUGGAUUCCUCCAUUUGUUAACAGAUGGUGGAACUAAAAUCACAACAAAAGUUGCUCAAUUGUUGCUUUAUUUUCUGGCAUGUUCAUCUCUGACAGAGGUGCAGGCUGAGGGAGCUGUCCAGGGUGUCCUCUGCCUCUUCCUCUAUGUGGCUGGGGUGAGCCAACACCUGAGACCCAUAAGGCACGACUCAUAACACUUGAAAUAUGAGUCUAAGCAAAAUGCACGUUGCACGUCCCCAGUUAUGGUUUGUUAGUCUGCGUUUCAACGUCAAGUCAAGUAACCGUCUUGACAAGUCGUGCCCAGACUUGUCAAGUCAUUGUCUCAUCUUGCCCCAUCAAGCAAAGUCUCCUUCUCAAGUCAAGUGACUGUCUAGUCGAGUCCUGUCAUGUCAAGUCAUCAUCUUGUCUUACCCAGUCGAGUCAAGUGACCAUCUAGUUGAGUCCUGUCAUGUCAAGUCAUCAACUUGUCUUACCCAGUCAAGUCAAGUGACCAUCUAGUCGUGCACUAUCGAGUAAAGUCAGAGUCUCGUCUUGUUCAGUCAAGUCAAAUUUCCAGGUCAUGUCAAAUAACUGUCCAGCCGAAUACUGUCAUGUCAGGUAAAGUCAUCAUCUCAUCUUACCCCGUCAAGGUCAAGUCUCCACGUUAAACUGUCUAUUGUCAUUGCCUCAUCUUGUCUUGCCCAUGAAGUCUUCACGUCAAGUCACAGUCUAUCGAGUCCCAUCUUGUCAAAUCAUCGCCUCAUCAAGCAAAGUCUCCCUGUCAAGUGAAGAAAGUAACGGUCUAGUUGAGUCCCGUCUCGUCUCAUCACCAUCAAGUCAAGCUGUUCUCCUGGCUCAUCAAGUUCAGACAAGUCAUUGUCAAGUCAAGUCAUAGUCAGGUCUUUUCAACGCCUAGCUGUUCUCAUCAUGUUAAGUUUUGUCCUGGUCCUAGUUUUGUCUCACAACAUCAACAGUAUCUUCUGGGCCACAUAAGAUGACUUGACUGGCCGGAUUUGGCCCCCGGACCAGGUGACUGAUAUCCCUUAAUGUGUUCAAUCCAACUACGGUGGUCAACAGGAACAGACCCACAGUCACAAACAUCCCUCUCCCUCUCCAAGCUAAUAUUGGCACCAUAUUCUCUGGGGGAUGUAAAGACGUGUUAAUCACGAAGCUCAAAUGCACAAUCCACACUCUGACUCUCCAUCUGUACGCACCGGCUGCUGCAGCGUGACGAAGGCUUUCCCCUCCUCUCCUGCAGAAAUAUUAGCCACUAUUUUCACUGCUCUAUGUUUUAAAUGAUUAGCCUUACCACUUCUCUUCUGAGGAGCGACUGUUCAGUUCCUCAGUCUGACCACUUGAGAUUGCUUCAUAACCCAGUUCCAUACUUAACAUUUCUGCUUUUUCAAACAAGUUUGCUGAAGCAUUUCUGUAAUAACAGUAUGUGGCCAGUAUGGAGUAAUGUACUGUGACAAAUGCAUAUAUGAGAAAAGUGCUUUGUAGAUUAAAGUGAAUUAAAAUAGAAAAUAACAGUGAAUAAUGAUUAAAAUACAAAUAAAGAUCACACAAAAGAUAGAAGCAAAAAGUACAGUCUAUAUUUAGACAAUUUUUACUCACUUUUCUCACCUAUUCUAAACCAAAAAUAUGGAGGGCAUGUUUCAAGUAUCCUUCAUUAUUAAAAAGAGAAGCUAGAUAGUAGCUUUAAUCCAUCAUGAAUUAAAUAGAAAUAUCAAACUCUCAAAGGAAAAUGACAAUAAUAUACAGUUUUAAGUGCAUGGUUAGUGGGCUAAAGAGUUAUGCUCACAAAGCUUCAUAACUCACUGGAGAUGAUGGCAUGUGUGGAGUUUGGCUCGGUGUCAGAUGUUCGCCACACUGAGCGUCAUUCAGCAGUGACUGAGCGGCAACAACAGGUGCUAUGACGUGUCACUGCUUCUGCCAUCUACUCUGCGUGUGUGUGUGUGUUUGUGAGAGAGAGAGUGGGCUGCUAGUGAUGACAUCAUAUCAUGACGCCGAUCUCACCAGCAACCUUCUUCUUCCUCCAACAGAGAAGAGGUUUGUCGAGCUGUCAGGGUGUGAGUGAGAAGCUGCUGAUAAGCGGUUCCUGUUCUGCUACUGUUUCUUUUCAGUGAAAAUAUCAAGGUAUUUAUUAGCUUAACUCAGUGAAGUGGCUUUUGUGAUGCACUUAACAAUAACACAUGAAAGAAAAGGCCAUCAGGAGAAACACUGUCAGCUUGAAGUGUUCCUCUGUUAACACGUUUAUGGUCCCAUUAACAUCACAUAGAAAUAAACUUGCUUUUUCUCUGCCAGCGGGGACCAUGUUCAGGCUGACGUUGCUUUUCCCACUGCUGUGGAUCCUCAAAGAUGCCGGCUGCCAGUGGCACGUCUGGGUACCUCGGGACAUCUCAGCAAUGACCAACUCGUGUGUUGUCAUCCCAUGCACCUUCAUGUAUCCGUCCGGCAUCCGGCCGUACCGUGGCAUCCAUGGAAUCUGGUAUUUCGGGCAGCCGUACCCUCAACUUUUCCCCCCUGUAGUCUACAAAACACGAACGGACGUUGUGCACGAGAGCUACAAGGGUCGCACCAAGCUGCUGGGUGACCUGCACCAGAGGAACUGCACUCUGCUCAUCAACAAUGUCGGACCAGAGCACUCAGGGAGAUACUACUUCCGUGCUGACCUGGGCGGGGCCAACAUGUACACCUUCCCAGACUUUGCUGAGCUCAAAGUUCUCGAGCAACCCAACAUUGAUGUUCCUGAGGAGAUAGUGAGUGAUGAAAGUCUUGAGUUGACCUGUUACGCACCAGGCAACUGUCCCGACAUGACGCCAGAGAUCCAGUGGAUGUAUACUGACUACCUGCCCGACCCGGAGUUCAGCAGCGACUAUGUUGAGGAAGGAAACACGGCUGUGCUCUCCAACACACUGACCUUCACGCCCAGGCCGAUGCACAACGGGCAGCUGCUGGGGUGCAGGGUCUUCUUCCAAAACACCUCACUGGUUUAUGAGAGACUCAUCUCUCUGGACAUCAAGUACGCUCCUCGCUCCGUCUGGGUGAACGUGUCCUCAGAGGUGAUGGAGGGCGGCUCUGUGACGCUGCACUGUGAGGUGGACAGCAACCCGGUGUCUAAGAUCGUCUGGAAGUUCGGGGAGCAGGAGCUUCUGUGGGACACGGCGGCCAACCUUUCUCUCACUCUGGAUGAUGCGACACCGGCCAAUGAAGGAGUCUACACCUGCGUGGCUGACAACGUCUACGGCGUCAUGAACGCGUCUCUCUAUUUGACUGUCAAAUACCCCCCACGUGAGCCCACCGUGAAUGAGUCCAUGGUUGUCCAGGAGGGAGUGUCGCUGUAUCUGCACUGCAGCACGCAGGGCAGCCCGGCUCCCACCCUCACCUGGCUGAAAAAUGGUGAGCUGGUGGGCACCAUCACGGCAGAUGAGUUGUCCGUGCUGACCAUCAAAGACAUCACGCCGCAGGGGGACGGCGUCUACCGCUGCCUGGCUGAAAACGAACACGGCCGAGCCAGCAGCUCUCUGAACAUCACAGUGGAAUAUGCCCCAGUUCUUCUGGAUGAGUCAAAGUGUACGGUGGUGAGAGAGGGUGUCCAGUGCGUCUGCGUUGCCAUGGGAAACCCAGAACCCACCGUAGAGUUCUACCUACCGGACUUGAACGUCACCAUCAAUGAAACAGACAACCGCUACAGCUUCUACACCCACACGGACGGACACACGUCGACGGGUAUGAUCAAGCUGCGGGAGAAGGGAGAGCGGGUCAAUAACGGCGGACCUGCGGUCAAUGUCCACUGCAGCAUCUCCAAUGUAUAUGGAAGGCAGAGUGUCCCAAUGGAGCUGCAGCAGGAGAAAAAAUACAUGAUGGCUGUUAUAGUGGGAACGAUCGGAGGAGUAGCAGUCAUAGCCUUCAUCAUUGCUGCGGUGAGAUACGUCGGACAAAACAACAAGAAAGAGAAUGGCAACCCUAGGCACGACGUGGUUCUGGAAAACCCAGCUUUGUACUACAGCGCAGUCAAGAAGGACAAACAAAAUCUGAGGAAGAAAGUGCUUAAGACAGAGCUGUUGGGCUCAAAGUUUAACUCCAUUCUAGAGGAAACCACGGGAGAAGACGGGGAUUAUCAACCUGUGGGCUCUUUGGCAGGACUGGAGAGGCAAGAGUUGAAUUAUGCUGCUCUGGAGUUUAUUGGUGCCAGGCCCAGGGAAGGGGUCUUAGGGCAGGGGGAUGAUGGCAGCAACUACUCAGAAAUCAAGGCCAAAUGAAUCGCGAUCCUUCCCUGAUCCCUUGGCUAGGCGAGACGCAGUGGCAACCCAGUUCUCCCGCUCCAUCUUCUGCUGCAUAAAAUCUCUUGUAACCUUUUCCUCUUUGGAAAUUUCACCACUUUCUCUUGUUCCGAAUUGUUGCUCAUCCUCACUCAGUGCCCCGGAAAUGCCACUUUUUCAGGUCAGGACAUGACCUACGGACAAUGUUGAAUUUGUACCAGUUAUUGUAAAUAUUUCUAAUUCACGCAAUGUUAACCUGCUAUUUUUUUUUUUUUUUUAAUUUCAUGAUGUUCAAGAUUCAUCCAUUCAUGCUUUUCAUCCGUCCGAUAAAUGUUGCUGUGUCUGCUGCCUGUCAAAGUGUCAGGGCAAGGAGAAACAAUGUUUUUGUUUUCUUGUGUCUCAUGUCUUCGGUCAACUUCAUCCCAUACUAGCACGAUGAUGGGAAAUCAUUGAAGUUUUGUUUAGUUCAGCACCUCACCAACGCUACUAAGACCACAUCUGGAGGGAGGCAUUUUAUACAGACAGCUGCUCCCACUGCACGCUCUAGUGUCUGCGAUCUUAGCUGGAUAGAAGUGAAGUUUGUCCGGUGAGUCACAGGACUGUUCUCCCCACUGUGACCUCUCCGUAGCUGAACCCCGGCACCGAGGCAAGGACUUCAUUUUCAACAUGGACUGCACCAGGUUUCUAGACUUAUACAAGCUUAUCUUUAUCCCAAGGUGGCUGGGAUCAAUAAUGGCUCCCUAAGUGUUGCCUUUCUUUCAUGCUAUCCCUCCUUUCAUCUCCAUAUUUUGGAAGUGGAACAAUAAUAUCACGAUCAAAAUUGAAGGCCCUCAUAUUUACUGUCCAGGCCACAUGGAAACCUUCAGUAACCAGACGACAAGACGAAUAAGAUGAACAACUAGAAGUGAUGGGUCGAUGAGGUUUCAUGAAACAGUGUCCUGAUUUUCAGAGGCCACCAGAUGGCACUGUCUGCUGUAAAAUGUUUGGACUUGAACACGUAAUUCAAUGAAAUGUCUGAUUAUUUCUAAACCAAGAGCGCCAUCUAGUGGGCUCUGACAAACAGGACACUGUUUCUACAACCCUCCAAUACUGUUUUUCAAUCACUGCUGACUACAGAGGUCAACAUUCUUGACAUCUUCGUGGCCUUUCUUUGAGUCUGCAUCCUGCUGUCGGAGGUUCUCUUUACUUCUUACAUCUGUGUCUCCCAAGACUAGUUUCACUCAGCAAAGGUGAGGUGCUGACCCAAACCUAUUCACCCAUAUAUUUCCUGCCGAAAUCCUCCCAGUGUAGACCUUCGUUGAUCAACAGAACAUCAAUGAUUUCUUAUCUGGUGGGAGUAAAAAAAGUUUCAGUCGGCAACAUUUGUAUCCGUCGCAUCAGAAAGGUUGUCAUUUCCUUCCCAGCAUGUGCGAGCUCAAAAGGUCUAGCUGUCAAAGAGCGCAUCCCUCUUGCAACUGAAGUGUUAAACCUGACAAUGUACUUGUGUGAGUGUGUGUUUCUAUUCAGUGCGUAAAAAAAGGUGACCAAGCACUGGGGUCGAUGGUUUAUUCGAGCAUCACUGGUGAAGAUGAUUCUGCAUCAGGGGUUUGACUGAAAAUGAUGCGACCAAACCAGCGCUUCCGUCGCCAAAAGACACUUGAUGGACUGUGAUGCGACCUCACAGCUCACUAAUCCCCUAACUGUCAUGACGGUGUUGGUAAUAUUUAUUAAUAUAUUGUGAAUGGAAGGGAAGUAUAAUGUACAGCUGGUAUGGGUGUAACGCCUGCAGUCAUGUGACUGAGUAUGAAAAUAGGAGCUCUGAAAUAUACAGAGUCUAACUCUCAUUGUUCCUGGAGCAAAGUUAAAAUGCUUGUAAUUUUGAAUAUAACUAAUGUACAUUACAGUGAAAGAAUGAACUCGAAGAGACUCUUUAUGUAACAUCAAUAGGUAAUGACAGACUGAUCCGCCGUAACAUUAUGACCACAAAUGAAUGAAGUUUUAAAAGGAAGUAAAGUUUUCUUUUAAAAAUGUCUCCACGGUCAUAAUGUUUCGGCUCAUCAGGGUACCUGAUUAUUUAUUUUUUCAGCCACACAAAAGGUAUUUUUCAAGGCAGAAUUGGAACAAAAUCUUUGUGAAAGUUGUCAGUACUGUGUUCUGCAUUGAUCAAUAUCAUGUCAGUAACCAGCGCAUUGAUUUAUCGUCACACAAACUCAAUGACACUUUUAUGUUCCUUCAUGUUCCUGUUUGCAUUAUUUCGUUCAAUAAACACCAAAA